CAAAACACAAUCGACAAUUUACGACUUUAAAACAACUGUUUUAAAACCUAUUAUAUUCGUAACAACCGGAGGAGUCCAAAGUAGGGUCCUUUCAAUCUGUGCACUCGUAAACACGUACAAUUGAAUGUAAAAGUAUAUUACUUUCUUUGUCCCGUUACGUCGACCUCACUCGUUCGAGACCAGUCGCACGCGCAGAGCGGUGGUUGAAGGCAGCAUCGACUUUCUUUUGGUCAACACAAUCAUGAGGAGCUGGUUACUGUGCGUUCUCGCGCUGGCGGUGGUGGCAUGCACCUCAGCACAGCACUACAAUCGGUACGACAACUUCAAUGCCGACUCCAUCAUCCAGAAUGAGAGGAUCCUGCUUGCCUACUACAAGUGUGUGAUGGACAAAGGACCGUGUACUAAAGACGGGAAGAACUUUAAACGUGUCCUACCCGAGACAUUGACUUCAGCCUGCUCAAGAUGCUCGCCCAAGCAGAAGCUGGUGGUGCGCAAGCUGCUCCUCGGCAUCAGAGCCAAGAGCGAACCUCGCUUCCUGGAACUGCUCGACAAGUAUGACCCCGAGAGACUGAACAGAGAGGCCCUGUAUAACUUCUUAGUGACUGGCUUCCGAGAAACAUUCAAACCUUGGCCACAUCAUAUAAAUAUUGUCACUCUGGAUCAAGAAAAUCAUACUGCUCACAACAAUCAACAAGGACGGUCUAAAAGUGUAAAAAAAACUUCUAAAAUGAAACUUGUUAUUAUUUCCCUGUGUCUGGCCGCUGCGGUUGUAGCGCAAGAAAAAUAUGACUCUAUCGAUGACAACUUCGAUAUAUCAGAGGUGUUGAACAACGAAAGGCUACUGAAUUCAUACACCAAAUGCUUACUGGACAAGGGACCCUGCACUCCUGAAGUAAAGAAAGUCAAGGAUAAACUUCCCGAAGCUUUGGCUACCAGGUGCGCCAAAUGCACAGACAAACAAAAGCAAAUAGGGAAACAAUUGGCCAAAGAAGUGAAAGCAAAGCGGCCAGACCUGUGGAAGGAGCUCGUCGCCCACUACGACCCCGAAGGCAAAUACCAGGAGGCUUUCCAAGACUACCUCAAGCCUUAAAUUAUAUCAAAAUAUUUUUAAUAAUAAGGUCAUGGAAACAAUUUGUUACAGUAUUUGUGAUAUAUAUU